AUGACGCUCGAUAUGAAGCUAUAUGAAGCCACAGCCUACACCCAGUGGAUUGAGGGUGACCAAUUUCGAAUGAAUUGCCGUUCUCUCUCUCUCUGUCUCCUUUUCUUUUCAGCCUACACACGUUUUACAUUAAACCCCAUGUACUCGCCUACCCAAACACCGCACAUCCUCCUCUGUCUUGACCAUAUCCCCGUUUCCGAGCAGAAACAGGUGCAGACAGACUCCUGCCUGAUGGACAUUGUCAAACAGUGGACCAUAGAUCCCCAUUUCUGCCUCUCUCGAGUAGCUGUUCCUCUGCCGACUAGCGCACCUUCAACUCAGCCUGCCGCUCUAGUAGGCUUGGAACGGUCUUCCACUGAUGAACAGUCUACCUCUGGAGAAACUUUGGUCUCUACAACAAAUCCUCCCUCCAAAAACGAAGGCCAAUCUGGCGAGUCGGCUAAUGCCGCUUCUCCGCAUUCCCCAAGGGCUCAUCAAAUCAAGUCCUCAAUCACGGACAUCGUCCCUGCUGACCACGUAUCAGCCUCUUCUGCUUCUGCAGCGGAAACCAGUGACAAGUCAGAAUCAUCAUCAGCAGUGGCGGCGGCAGCAGCAAAGGCUGAAGAGGAGAAGGAAACGGAUGCGCUGACAAAAGCCUCUGAGUACAAAGUGUAUUCUGCAGCCGAGGAACAGCUCAUUGUUGAUAAGAUUCGUAUCCUGGCCUCCCGCAUCCUCGAACGCUGGCUCAGUUUACCG